UCGCACGACGGACGCCCUUACAGGUGUACAGAGUACAGUCUGUAUCAUCUAGAAAACAGUCGAGACUGCCCCGUCGCGAUCAAAGCGGCGCACAGCUCGAUGCCAUGACAUCAAAACCCACCUUGCACGUUGUACGAAACGGACCGGAUUCUAUCUGUACCUGCCAUUGGCACCUUGGCCGAUGGAGCUGCCACCCGUCGAGGUGUGACCGAUGGCAUCUGCUCCCGUGCUCGCCCCCCUCUCCCCUCUCAUACCCGACCGCGAUCCUCCCUCACCCCAUGUGCCAUUCCACUGUACGCGACACAAGCGACGUACUGCCCGCUGUGGAACGGGGCAGGAGGAUGAGGAAGAGGGGACAAAGGCGCUCGAGGCUCAAGCGGCCUGCAGCAAAACCCACAGAAAUGGCUCCUUUCCACCAGGGCCGCGUAUUGCAGAGAAUGCGAGCGGCUUGAUUCUCAACUCAAGCAAGGGGGGAGGGGACAGAGGGACAGAAGGGGGCCAGGCCAUCAACCUCCUUCGCCUCCAAAAACUUUCAUCAACCUCCAACGGCGCCGACCCCAGUCUCGUGAGUCGCUACGCAAGAGAGCAUUCCUAUGGGUUUCAAGGACAUUGCCUGUCCCAACAAAUAGAUAAAAAGAAGAAGAAUAUCCAAUACGAAUGUCGAGCCAGGUCGUAGUCCAUUCCCUCUGCCUUGCCUGCUUUGUCCGGAAACCACCGUUGCCAAACUUUUUUCCCUGCCUGGGUCAACCCAUCCAAAAGAUUCCGGUCUCGACUUGACUUCCCACGGGGCAUCCAAGCUCUGUAGCGGUCAGACGCAGGUCCCGGCAGGCCCUUCCUUUCCGGCAGAGAUGAACCGGCCUGAACAUUCCUCCUCCAGUGCACGGCUGCCUUCCCUCCCGCCCCUCUAACUCCGUCUCAUCGCCCCUUCAUCGACGGUCGGCUCUCGGACUGCCGCGCCCAGACACUGAAAGAGCGGCAUAAAUCAUCUCAAGUAUUGCCUUGUGAGUCUGUCCCGUCCAAACUUCUCCCCCGCGCCGUGUCAUUCCAACGAGAGAACCUUGAUUUCUUGCUUUUGAACGUGGCCCGAGAGCUGGACUACUCUGCAAAUCGGCCAGGACCGUCGACGGCUUUACAGAAUGUGACGUGACGCCCACUCCUCCCCUCUGCAUGCCUGGUCACAGUCGCACCACGCGCCGAAGCCUUCCAUGCAUAUACCACUGAAUCCGUGUGAGCAUGCAUGUGUGUGUGAUUCGCCAUCAAAUGCUGAGAUUCUUCUACAUGGGCGGACUAUCG